CUGGGAUCUGCUGAUGUUUGUUGUUCGCUGCAAGAUCUCAUUUCCCUCUUCGCUUAUGUGAUGAUUCGGAGCACAUUUCAUAAAAUUGCUGCUCGAGUGACGGUGCGAGACGAACUGAGAGCGUCCGUGCCAGCAGCGGUGGUCCAACCACAGAGCCACAAGACAGGUCCGAUGAGACAAGUUACCGAUUGUUCUUGAAGGCCCAGGGUGCGCGAAAAUUGUGUUUCUUUGUUCCUGACUGUAUUAUCUGUCUUGCGAAACCCGACGUGCCACCACAUCGGUUGCCGUGUCUCCUUACAGAGCUGUAUGAGCGCAGCCGGACCUUUCGGGUCCCUCCUAUAGGAGUCAGCCGUAGUUAUGUCUCCCCUGAACAACUGUCAUCGCUGUCCUCCCGUCUUCGAAUACUCCUAGCAGUUGUUCGUGUCAACCUACACCACCAUGACGUUGAUUUGUGAACGCCGUUUGCUCGGAACUGCCCACGGCUCUGUGAUGAGGCUGAUCGUAGUCCUGCUGCUGACCGUUUCGCAGGUCUCGGCCGGGGAGUACUCGGUGAUAAUGGCCGAAGCGGACAAUUCUGUUCAUCAGUUUUGUAUGGUGUAUUUCUCGGAAUUCAAAGAAUUGCCUGAGAGCCCAGAAAGAAUGCCUUACAUCCAAAUGGUCAACCUAACAUCUCAGGAUGGCUGCAAGAAACUACAGUCUAUUAACCUCCAUGGCAAAGUUGCACUGAUAAAGGACAGUGGGAACUGCACGCUAGACAAGGUUGUUCUUCACUACAAGGCUGCACAGGCCUAUGGCAUAGUCAUUUCGACGCAGAAGAGUAGAGUGGACAACAUUAUCAUCAACAGAAAUGACACGCAUAAUUUAGAUCUUGUUGUGGGAUUUGUCACGGAUGUCACCGGGAACAGCUUGCUGAGCCUAAUGAAGCCCAAGGAACCCUUGCUCACGAAGCUGUUCACCAAGAAAAGCCUGGCAUUCGAUUACAGCCUGAUCAUCAUCUGGCUGGUGGCAGUGUUCACCCUUGGCGUUGGCUCCUAUUGGUCAGGCCUGGUCAAACACGAGAUCUACCAGCACGAGAUUGGCAAGUGCUCGCAUACCAGCCACGCCGGAGCUGAAGGGGAAGAGAGCUCAUUCCCAAAGUCUGAGAAUGUCCUCGAGGAAGAGAGCUCGCUGGAUGUCUCACCCGUGCUGGUCACACUCUUUGUCAUUUGCAUGGGCGUCAUGCUGCUUUUGCUCUACUUCUUCUUCCAGUACCUCGUGUUCUUCAUCAUCGGCAUGUUUGCCUUGGCAUCUGUGGUGUCUGUCAUUGGCGUGCUCGAGCCUCUAAUCUACAAAAUCCCAAUAGGGACAACAAGGAUCCCGCGCAAUGUAUGCCCGUGUUUCCAUGGCCCCCUGGAGUUGCGUCAGCUGGCACUCAUUGUGUUUGCCAUCUCGGUGUCGGUGACCUGGGUCGUGCUGCGGCACCACCCGCAGUCGUGGAUUCUGCAGGACCUGCUGGGCGUUGCCUUCAGCAUCAACAUGCUCAAGACCCUGCGCCUGCCAAACCUCAUGAUCUGCAGCGUGCUCCUGGUGUUGCUUUUCUUCUACGACAUCUUCUUUGUUUUCGUCACUCCAUUCUUGACUAUGAAGGGCGAGAGCAUCAUGGUGGAAGUGGCUAAAGGAGGCAACACACAGGAGCAGCUACCCAUGGUGCUCAGGGUGCCCCACUUCAACAACGAGUCGCUGUCUGUCUGCUUCGGCCAGUUCUCGUUGCUGGGCUUCGGCGACAUUCUUGUUCCAGGCCUCCUGGUUGCCUACUGCCAUGGCUUUGACCUGCUGACUACAAGAAGCCGCCUGUAUUUCCUCACUGGCACACUGUUUUAUGGUGUGGGGCUCGUGCUGACAUUCAUCGCACUAUACCUGAUGCGAACUCCCCAGCCUGCGUUGCUGUAUCUCGUGCCAGCGACGCUCUUGCCAACCAUCUGCAUAGCAUGGUGUAGAGGGCAGUUGGCCGACAUCUGGCACGGUGUCAAGCCUGUGCCGCUAGCACUGACAGGGCAGACCAUUCCACCCGCCACGGUCGUUCCGCCGAGGGCGAUCAGCAGUGCAGAUGCCUCGCAAGCCCCAUCAACGCCCACCAGUUUCCACGGGCCCAUCAACUCGUCGAGCCGACCGUGUACACCACCGCCACUCGCGAGUCCUCAACAUCUUCCUAGCAACGCAGCGUCGCAGCUGGGAACUUCUCCGUACACUCAGCCAAGGAUGUCUCCACCACCGAGUCCCACUUCUGGGGGCAGAGGCUCUCCAGUCCGUACUUCAAAUGCCCAUUCGAGCAAUCGCGUUCCUAGCGUACUACCACAGGCCAACACUCCUCUCUUGAGUUCAGCACAGUAUCCUAACCCGGGAACUCAAGGCCAGUACUGGGUUGGUGCGCAAGAACACUUCGGCAACGCUUUCCCUGCAGAAACGGCGCAGAGGUAGUAGCCACUCAUGGCCUCUGCUGUUCAGUAAGAGGGACUGUACCUGGGAGUUUUUGUUGUGAUGCGUGUCUCAUUUUCCUGUUCUCUCUUUUUCUUUAUGUAUGGCCACACUGCACCCAUCUAAUUGGUUGGCAGUUCUGAGCUCCUUCAGUUGGCAGGAACGCCUUAGAAAGGCUAGCAAACAUUGCACCCUUGUUUUGUGCACUAUCUGCCCACUCAUUGAACAGUUUGGACGUAGCGCAGUCUGUGAGUUGCACUGACUUAGACGCGUGUGCACGUGCUGGGCCUACUUUCGCAGUCUGUCGGCACAAACAAUGGAUCGCACGUCUCUGAAUAUGCAGCACUAAAUUCCUUUUGUUCGCCAGAAAAACAAGGUUCUGUACCUUUCGGCUUGUCACCUCUGUCAUAGCAGAAACCUAAUUGGCUGCUGCCUCGGGCAGCUGGAAAAAGAGGAGUGCUAAAUUGGUGGGACAAUAACCCAAGCCAUUUGGACAUGUAGCCACUGCCAACCAUGAUCUAUGGUUUAGUGCAAGAACUGAACAGUGCAAACAACUCUGGAUUUUCUUAGGGCUGUUGGGAAUCGUACAUGCAUGUUGUGAGCAGGAAGGAAAACUGUAAAAAAAGACACAUGAAGCACAGGUGUCAAGGUACACAACGUUCUUAUCGUGCAGGGAAAGUAGAUGCUUCACCGAUACAAGCUGUCUGUUUUUUGUUGUCUUGUUUCCUGUUGUCACAACACAUCGCCAGUUGUUUGCACAAUCCAUUCAAUCCCCUCUUGUGGUUUGCUCUGUUUAGGUUCCUUAUAUGCACGUCAACAAUUUUCCCAAGUUUGCAGUUGGCAAAUGUCCUUUUGGAUGGUGCUACUGUCCUCAUCCUUUGGCGAGGCCUCUAUUCGGAAGCACAGUUUUUCUUUGAGAAAUCUGGACUUCUGCACAAUUUGAAGUGUUCACUCAUUAUUAAUACCUCAAGGUUUCACAAACCACUUGCAUCGUGUUUAUCCCAAAAACGCCUUUAGUCGGAUGCUUGAGGCAUUGCUCUUCCCCGAUACUGCUCCCCACCCUCUCCUAUUUUUCUCUUUCCAAUUUUUUUUCUAUUAAUAUUCUUAAAGGCCAGGGUCGCUUAGGUGCCAGAGAUGCCUUUGGUGUGCUCUCCGUCCUCAAACUUUCCUCAGGAGCUGCGCGAGAACAGAGUGGUUCUUUCUUUUUUCUUUUCUUUUUUUUAUGACAAAUUGCAAGCUGCUUUUGUGUAGAGUAUGCAGUCAACAUUGCAUUAUGUAGCAGUGAUUACAACUAUGCCUCCAGUUAUGACAGUAGACGUUCCUGAGCUGUAACUUUUUCCCUGUGUUUUGUUUACGAGGAAAUUCUACCGGUCACUCUUGAAAUAGCUGGUGAGGAUGAAAGCUUCUGUAUUGUUCUUGAACCCACAUUGUCAGCAGAACACUUGCACACUGCAAAAUAUUCCACCACAGAACCUGUCGUGCAACCGCUGUUGCAAAACUUUCAUGUCAUCGUAGCAACCUUGGCACUGUGCCUGUUAAGGCACUGAUCAAACUAAAUCUUCGCUUGUCUUCAAAGCGAAGGUUUAGCGAAUCUUCAUAGUGGUACUGUUAUCAUCAAGCAUAGUGUGAUCACUGCGUACCCAUGUGUGUGGGUCAGAUAUUGAAAGAUAACUUGUACAUGUGAACGAACAUGUUUCAUAUCAGUGUGUGUGUCAGAACAUAACCCCUGAGUUAAGUUGUAGUCCACGCUUCCCUCUCCCCAAAGUCACUGUGGCUCUUUGAAAGCAACGAGCCACCUGCUACAAAAGCUGGUUUUCCCAAUAAAAAUGAGAAAAAACUGCAUCAUCACUUCAAGAUUGACCGGUAGAAUUUCCUCAAGUUUGUUUCCAUCAGCAAAACCUCCUAGAGGUUUGUAGUGGGGUGAUCACCUUUUUUUGGUACUACACAUUUGUUGUGCUAUAUCUAAUGGAACCUAUUGUUAGAGCGGUGUAUUCAUUUUGAGUGAAUUUGACUCCAUGUAGAUUUAUAAGCGUCGCAAGGCGAGAGUGCUCACUGCGGGCAGUUGUGUCUGUUGAUGUACGUGUAAGCAUCCUUGUACAGCUCUUGGGUAACCACUUUAAAUUACCUUGUGAAAUCACUUUCCAAUUGAGAAAUAUUUCUUUCUGAGAAUGACGACAAAUAGAUCUGCGCAAAUAAAACAUGUUUCAGAGCUAAGUUUUUCAAGAAUCGUCCUUGCCCUAUCAGAGGAAUAACCUGUGUUACGUAUGUAUGUGUGUUUGUACCUGUGCCACGAAACGAGUUGAGUUUGUGGUGGGUGCCUCAGGUGUUUGCUUACUGUGAUCGCUUGUUAAACAAAUUAGCGUACAAGGUCGCAUUUUGAGGUAAAGUAUGAACAUAUUUUCUUUGUAUAUCUGUGCCAAGUAUUCCUAUUUUCUAAAGUUAGUAAUCUGGUAAUGAUGACUAUAGCGUAUAUACAAAUUUUAGCGUGUAAAGUAUGUAUACGUGUGAGCCAUGGAAUUUUUACAUGUGAAAAUAUGCCAUUAGAGCAAAGCUUUGGUUAAAGUUACACAAUAAACUGGUUUAAAGCUUU